UGGCGGCGGCGGCGGCAACGACGGGAGGGGGCCUGCCGGUGGCUCGGAUUGCGCCCGACCGCCUUGGACGCCCGCAUCCCGGGCGGACCUCUCUCCCUCCGCAGCCCUCCUCCCCGCUUGGGAGCCUUAUGGGGGGUGGCAGGAAGCGCCUCUGCCCUUUCCUGCCUGCGGGGAGAACGCGGCGGCCGGGCUGGGCGCGCAGGCUCUGAGAGGCAGCCCCGGCACGAGCAACUGACCAGUGGCCUUUGCAGCAGCAGCGGCAGUACCAGCGGCGGCAGUCUGCCCCCCACCCCACUCCAAACAUGAGCCCCCUCUUGGGAAAAUAAGCCCCCUUUCCUCGGGGGCGCACGGAACGCCUUUCGCCCGCUCCCCCACCCAUCGCAUCUCCCUUUCCAGCGCCCUCCGUCCGUCCCUCCCUCCGCCGGCCCUGUGCUUGGAGGCUUCUAUGAGUGUCCGCUUGGGGGGAGGCCAGCAGGAAGGUAGCCCCCCUCGCCCCCGCGGCGUCCCGGCUCCGGGAGAAGGAAGAGGAGGAGAACGAUGUCUUUGCGCACCGCGCUGGCGACGGGCAAUGAGCGCAAUGCCGAGACGCACCAGCGCUGCCCGGUGGUCACCCUCGACCCGCCCGCUGCCCCGGCGACACCGCCGCUGUCCCCUCAGCCCUCCACCCUGGCCAGCAGCCGCUCGGAAAAGGGCUCGUCAUGGUCCAGCCGCUCACUGGGCGCCCGCUGCCGCAACUCCAUCGCCUCCUGCGCCGACGAGCAGCCCCACGUUGGCAACUACCGCCUCCUCAAGACCAUCGGGAAGGGCAACUUCGCCAAGGUCAAGCUGGCCAGGCACAUCCUGACAGGCAGGGAGGUGGCUAUAAAAAUAAUCGACAAGACGCAGCUGAAUCCAACGAGCCUCCAGAAGCUCUUCCGAGAAGUGAGGAUCAUGAAGGGUCUGAAUCACCCCAACAUCGUGAAACUCUUUGAGGUGAUAGAGACGGAGAAGACGCUCUACCUCGUGAUGGAGUAUGCCAGUGCAGGAGAAGUCUUUGACUACCUGGUUUCCCAUGGGCGCAUGAAGGAGAAGGAAGCUCGGGCCAAGUUCAGACAGAUUGUCUCGGCCGUGCACUACUGUCACCAGAAGAACAUUGUCCACAGGGACCUGAAGGCCGAGAACCUUUUGCUGGACGCCGACGCCAACAUAAAGAUCGCCGACUUUGGGUUCAGCAACGAGUUCACGCUGGGCUCCAAGCUGGACACGUUUUGCGGGAGCCCCCCCUACGCCGCCCCAGAGCUCUUCCAGGGCAAGAAAUACGACGGCCCCGAGGUGGACAUCUGGAGCCUGGGGGUCAUCCUUUAUACGCUGGUCAGCGGCUCCCUGCCUUUCGACGGGCAGAACCUCAAGGAGCUGCGGGAACGAGUCCUCCGUGGCAAAUACCGCGUGCCCUUCUACAUGUCCACGGACUGCGAGAACAUCCUGCGGCGCUUCUUGGUCCUGAACCCUUCCAAACGCUGCACCCUGGAGCAAAUCAUGAAGGACAAGUGGAUCAAUAUUGGCUACGAGGGGGACGAGCUAAAGCCCUAUAAAGAGCCAGAAGAGGACUUUGCAGACGCCAAGCGCAUCGAAGUGAUGGUCGGCAUGGGCUACACCCGAGAAGAGAUCAAGGAAGCCCUGACCAGCCAGAAGUACAACGAGGUGACGGCCACCUACCUCCUGCUGGGCAGGAAGAACGAGGUGGAAGGGGGUGAGUCCCGCACGGGCAGCAGCCUCUCGCUGGCCCGGGUGCGAGCGCCCAGUGAGGUUUCCAACGGCACCAGUAAGUCCUCCUCGUCUCACUCCAAGAGCCAGCGGAGCUCCUCCACUUACCACCGGCAGCGGCGGCACAGUGAUUUCUGCGGCCCAUCCCCAGUGCCCAUGCACCCCAAACGCAGCCCCACCAGCACGGGGGACGGGGAGCUGAAAGAGGACCGCAUGCCUUCUCGCAAGGCCAGCUGCAGCGUCGUCAGCAACAGCGGCAGGGGAAUCCCGCCCUCCAGUCCCAUGGUGAGCAGUGCCAAUAACCCCAACAAAUCUGAGAUCCCCGACCGCCGCAAGGACAGUGCCGUGAACACGAAUAACAUUCCUUCGAGUAUGAUGACCCGGAGGAAUACCUACGUCUGUACGGAUCGGCCUGGCGGAGAGCGACACUCCCUGCUCCAGAACGGGAAGGAGAACAGCUCUGCCACCAAUCGGGUGCCUCCCGCCUCCCCCUCCAGCCACAGCAUCGCCACCUCGUCCACCUCCUCGGACCGCACCCGGCUGUCUCGCGGCACCAACAUCCGCAGCACCUUCCACGGGGGGCAGGUGCGGGACCGGCGUGGGACCGGUGUGCAGAACGGGCCUCCCACCUCCCCCACGCUCUCCCAUGAAGCCACCCCUCUGCCUCAGAGCCGCAGCCGCGCCACCUCCAACCUCUUCAGCAAGCUCACGUCGAAACUCACGCGGAGGUCUGAGCUAAGCUCUAUGGCUCCACCCCCUCCCCAGGAGCUCUUAAGCAAGGCUGGGGUCGCAGACGAACCUGAGAGAAUCAGGGGACCUGCGCUCACAAGUUGCAAUCUACCUUGGCAUCAAAAGGAAGCAGAACCCCGGCUGCUCCGAUUUACCUGGAAUGUGAAGCUGACCAGCACCCGCUCCGCCGAGGCCAUUCUGGUUGCCCUCCGCCAGGCCACGGACUCCGCCAGCUGCUGCUGCCGCCAGACGGAGCCCUUCGUCCUGUCCUGCACCCACGAGAAGAGCCCCAGCGAGCACUUCUGCUCCUUUGAGGUGGAGGUGUGUCGCCUACAGCGCUUGGGAGGGCUCCACGGCGUCCUCUUCCGGCGCCAGGCGGGCACCUCCCUGGCCUUCCGCACCCUGGUGGCGAAAAUCUCGGACCAGCUGCAACUCUAGGCAGCGCUGGCUGGCGGGGCUUCUUCCUUCUGCGCCAACCCCACAGGCUGUUGCGGGGGGGCCAGAGAGAGGGUGUGACCCUCGGCCGCCCUCUCCGUUGCGUCCCCCUUGGGGGCUUUUUUCUGGGGCCUGAUCCUGCUGCCUGAUAGGACGAGGAGCUGCUCUGGGGGGCUCCCACUGGCCUGCCCGCUGUGCCUAGGGGCUGUGGGGUUGGGGAAAGAGAGGGGGGCGUUGAGGAAAGGGGGGUCACACCACCAUCACCGCCACCACCGGGGCCGGCUUCACCCUCGCCACUGUACUUGGUCCAAGGAUCGCCUCUAGGGGGGUCCCCAGCUGCUGCGGGAACCUUAAAGGGGAGCUCUCUCUCUCUCAGCCUGCUUCCCUUCCUAAGUGGUUUUUUUGGGGGGGGGGCUUUACUCUGUUAACUAGCAGACGCAUGGCAUGGGGAGCCUCGAAAGCAAAAGGGGGGUCUUUGGCAAAUUGUGGUGUUGCAGACCCCUCUCCUACCCACUUUGCCAUUACAGGGGAGAGUGUAGGAGCUGGGAUCCCUGCAAAGCAGGUCUCUCUCACCCCCUUCCUCUUCCCACCAGGUGCAUUUUCAAGGAGACCCCCGAGACCCCCGGGUAUAGGGCAGUAUAUAAAUUCAAUAACAACAACAAUAAUAAUUUUGGUUCCCCGCCCCACCCCCCGCUUCCAUCGGUUGGCAAAUGCUGUACCCAGAAGUUGAAACAGAUCCUUUCCCGCUCUCAAACCAGAGCCACUUUUUGGGGGGGGGGGUGUCCUUAAUUCCAGCUCCAUUUUAGUAUUUGGGACAAAAUUAUGUCUCUGGCUGAUGUGAAUCCCAGUUCCUUUUUUGGGGGGGGGGGACUGAGAGCUGGGUGUGCAGCUCCCACCCGAAGCCCGGCAGCCAAUGGCCAGAAAGCUAAAUCUGCCAAAGUCUCUCUGGAGCGGGGAGGGGGGGGGAGCCAGGCCUUUAGCCAAACUUGGGGGGCAAUGUUGCCAAAAGAGGAUAUCCUCUUGCCCAGGCAGUGGCAGUGGUGGUGAGAAGCAGGGGGAGAGUUGGAGGGUUCUGGGGAUGGCGUGACCCUGUCUUGCGGAGGGGCUGGCGGGCAGUUUUGGGUCCCGGUUGGUGCUCAGCCCCCUGGCUGCAGGAUUCGGCAGCAGCCAUUCAACCGGUGCAGCAGCUGUGGUGGGAGGAGGCCGCUGAGCUUCUGGUUCUCCUCUCGGAGAGGGUGGGUUGGAGGUUGAGUUUUGGCUUCUUCUGCUGUUGAACUUCCCCUGCAGCGCACCAAGGCCUUGAGUGGCGGGCAGGCCCCCUCACCGCCAUUCCCCACCAGCCCCACAUCACUAGACCAAGAACAACAACAACACACUCGCAAACCAGAACCCCGGUGCUUAGACGGCCCUCUUGAGAGGAGGCUGGCCCUCCCGGCGGUCGGUUCAAGGGCUCAGAUCCAUCGUCCUGACAGCUGGGGCCCCCGCCAGAGCUGCUGCAACGUUGGGGGGGUGGCUCCCCUCAGGAGGAUCGUGGGGGGGCAGCGUCCACCCCCCUCCCCCAUAAGAAAAGGCUGCUUCUCGCACAGCACUUCACCGGACAGGCGGGCAUUGCACACUGGUUCGGGCACGGCUGCCAUGCUCCCUGCCAUCUCUUGCUCGACAGGGAAAUGGGCCCAGCGGUGUGGAGGGGACCUUGUGGCCAGCACCCCCCACAUCCCAGGGCGGAGGAGAGGGGCAGCCUGGUCUCUGGUGGGGGGGGGGGCGGCAGCUGCGGCUGAGCUUGGAGGAGGGGGGUCCAGGUGGAGCUCACGGGUAACAGUGGCGACGCUAAAUUCGGCAGCUCUCGCGGGGAGAAAUUUUAAGUGGGUUUCCUUCCUCCUGCCCCCUUUCCUCCCCUUGCUCCUUUCGCCUCACCCCACUUCUGUACACUGGGUCCCCCUGCUGUGACCUCCCCCCCCUUCCUCCCGGACCCUGCCUCUUUGGGCGCAUCCCCCACCUCCCUCCCCAUCUGUACAGACUCCCCUGUAAAUAAUUGUCCAGUUAGCCCCCCCCCCCGGUUAUCAUUGGGUUAGCGAUAUUAAAUGAGCCCACCCUUUAGCCUUGGGACGAUUGUAAGUUAUUCCAGCCCCAGAGCGACAGUUCUGUACCAAACCCUUAAUAAACGUAGAAAGCCUCCGCCCGCCGUCUUCUCUGCCUUGUCUGCUGCUGGGCCGCUUCUCUCAUCUGUGGGGGUGGAAUUGGGCUCGAAGAGGCCCUUCGUGGAAACUGAAGGGAACCCUAAGGGUCAUCCAGCCCAACUCCCUUCAUUGCACUUCUCAACGGACAGGUAGAGUCUGUGUGGGACUCGCGCCCUUUGUUUGCCUGAGGAGGUCUCUCUCUGUAUGUGUGUUUAGAUCACUCAGUUUUGAGAGCAGCCCUCGGCCCAUGUUCAGAGGUGCUCUGCUUCCUUCUCUUAUUCUGGGUGGGGGUGGGGGGUUGAAACAGGACUCUUGAUUCGAAGGAGAAGUGCCUGAGAAGGACCUAGAUAGGCUUCUCCUGCUCUUGCCCUUCUAUAGGGGUACACUGCCCCUCCCACUGGAGGUUCCACUGAACCAUUGCAGCUAUAGUAACCACCAAUAGGUGUCUCCUCCACGGAUGUGUGUCUAAACCACUUCUAGAGCCAUCGCAGCUGGUGACCACCAUCGCCUCCCACGGGAGCAAACUCCACAAACAGGUGCUGUGUUGCGUGGAGAAAGCCCAGCUUCUGAAUCUCUUGCAGGGUUUCAAAUUACAAAACUUGCGGAGAGCUACUCCAGUACGAUUGUGGGUGCUGGGUUGAGUGCAGGGUGUCAUUGGGGUUCCUUUGACGCUCUGGGGACAUCUGGUGUGUGACGGGGAAGAGCUGAACUGAAACAAGGGACGCACGAUGCAAGCUCUCCGGCUCACAGCCUAGUAACCCUGCCUAAACGUAAGGACAUAAAAAGCCCAGCCCUGUGAAACUCUCGACGCUGGUGAUACCAGGUAAGGUUUGCAGGACCCCACCACUCACACCUGCAUAAUCUCUUCUCCCCAAGCUGGGCUACCCUGGGUCAGGCCAAUGGCCCAUCUGCCCAAUGUCCUAGGAACCAAGAUAGACUGCCUCUGGACCUGGAGGUUCCAUAGGUACAUAAGGUUAGCCCUGCUUUACCAGGCCAAUGGCCCAUGCAAAGGCCAGCAUUCUCUUCUCAUAGUGGCCAGCCAGAUGCCCAUUAGGGUAAACCUGCAAACAGGUUUGCAACUUGUAUCCAGAAGCAUUGCUUCCUCCUUUGGCAGCAGAGGCAGUUCGUAGCCAUUGUAGCUAGUAGUAAUCAGUGGCCGCCUCUAUGAAUUUGUCUAAUUCCCAGAUGUGCUUUGGGCCUGAUUGAUCAGGCCUCUUCUUAUUUACUUAAGAGGAGCCUUCUGGGUCAGGCCAAGGGAGCCAUCAAGCCCAGCCUCCUGCUCCUUCUGUUGUCAAAUACUCCUACCACUAGGAACCCAGGAAUGUUGAUAGAUUGCCUCUGGGCCUGGAGGUUCCAUCAGAUGAGCCUAGUUGCUGGGUCAGCCCAUCGGCUCAUCUAGUUAGCAUCCUGUUCUCAUAGUGGCCCAACAGAUGCCUCAAAGUGAAGCCCAAAGGCAGGACCUGGGUGCAAGAGGCUAGAACCCCUUAUGGGAAACAUGCAAUAGGGAUUGGAGCACAAGGGCACCUCUCUCUCGCUUCUUGCACUUUCCAGUUUUCAGAAGCGUCGCUGCCUCCAACAGAAGAGGCAGAGCGCAACCAUCACUGCACCCAGCUUUGCUUUCAGACCUCACUGGCUUUCCCCCCUCCUCUGCUACAAAUGCAACUGUAUGAAGAGUUAGCAUCAUAGAAUCGUAGAGUUGGGUCCCAAGGGUCAUCUAGCCGAACCCCCUGCAGUGCUUACUAAAAAUACCUUUAUAAAAAAAAACAGCACAAGAGACUCCUUUGGGGAGGAGGCAAGGCUCUGGGGGCCAUAAUUCGCUUUAUUAACUCCUUCCACUAGGACGCAGGUGUCACGAGCUUCCCAGCUGCCCCGCCCCACCCCAGGCGGCCUUCCGCUCUCCUUCGCAAGAGAGAGGAGGGCGCCCAGGGACAGGGCGGUGGGUCGCCGGGAGUGGCAGGGUUGGGGUCACCCUCCCCCCGGAGUCCAAGCCCCAGUCCACGCGGGGUCAGCAGGACGGCGGCCGCGGGAAACCUCUCACUUCUGCGCAGGGACCAUGUCGUCGAUGGCCUGGCCCUUCUCCAGCUUCUUCUCCAUCUCAACCAUUAGCUUCACGCCGUCCA